AUGGAUUUUGACGAGCUCCACCUCUUGCCCGUCGAGCACGCGAGCCAAGCCCAGCGAUGGCUGGCGGUCGCGUCGUGCAAUCUCGUCACCUCGUCGCUCGUCUUCUUCCUCAUUCGCCACCUACCCAAAGGCCUCCCUCGCCUUCUCGCCCUCUCCCCCAUAAUCCUCCUCAACAUCGCCCUCCCGUGCGUUUUUUCCGCCGCGAAACGCGGCGAGUGCAUCGAAAAGGGCCUCGUAUUCUGGACGGUCUCGUGGCUUGGCAAUUUCCGCCUGCUCGCUCUCGCGUGGAACCGCGGCUCGCUCACGGACCCGGGUUACUCCUCCAGCUUUCUCCAAUUCCUCGUCGCACUGUACAUGCCCAUGCGAAAUCGCGUUCGCGAAACCGCGAAAACCGCCGCCUUUUCGCCUGAAACCCCCAACAUAAAGCAAUCCCGCCGCCACAAGCAGCCUCCCUCCGAAUCCUCGCCGCAGCUGCUUCUACGAGGCGCGUUUAAAGCCCUCCUCCUCUCCCUCACCAUCCGCGCGUACGCUCUCAACCUCCCCGCGCCGGCCGUCACGCUGCUGCACAGCGCGAACCUCUUCCUCUUCAUCACGCUCCUCUGCGAGCUCGUCGCAGGAGUCGUCGCAGCCGUCGCCCCGCGCUUCGCCGUGGAGCCUCACUUCCGUCGCCCGUACCUGGCGACGUCGCUGGGGUCGUUCUGGGCGCGCCGGUGGAACCUCGUGGUGAGCGGCAGCCUUCGAGAGACCGUCUACGAACCGCUCCUGGACUGGCUUGAAAGGCCGUGCUCAACGGAAGGAGGGAGGGUAGCUGAGAAGGGAGCACGAGGGAAGGAGGGUAGUUUGAACGUUGGAAAUAGGAAUUCAGCAGUGAAUGGGGGUCAUGAUUCUGUGAAUGGUCGUGGCUGUGGGGCUCCUGAUGGGUUUGAGGAGGUUGAGAAGAUUAACGGUUGGAGUGAGAAGGUGAAUGGUUACAGUGAGAGGGUCAACGGCUGCAGUGAUAAAUUGAAUGGCAACAGUGAGAGGAUCAACGGCUGUAGUGAGAAGUUGAAUGGUAACAGUGAAAGGAUCAACGGCUGUAGUGAGAAGUUGAAUGGUAACAGUGAGAGGAUCAACGGCUGUAGUGAGAAUAUGAAUGGUUUCAAUAAGCAUAUCAACGGCUGCUAUCAGAGGAGCAGCCGGAGAGAGGAAACGGCAUGUGUGAAUGGGACUGGAGAGUUACCAAAUGGGCAUAUCAACAACUGUGAUGACUAUCAUUUUUCAAACAGGGUGGCGAAGCAGAACGGAUGUGCUUCACCUGCUACUGCCUCAGCCGAUACAUCUCCGAACAGCCGCCAUGUGAGCUUUGCCCGGGCAGCAGCAACGAUUGCCUCGUUUGCUGUAUCCGGAGUCAUGCACGAGCUGGUGAUACUAUACAUUGGAGGGGCCAUGACAGGCGAGCAGAUGGUGUUUUUCACCCUACAUGGAGUACUGACUGUGGCAGAGGCAUGGGUUAGGAAAGAGUGGAAGACGAGAGAGCUGGUGCCGAUACCCAAAGUGGUGGCAGGAGGGAUGGCUCUUGGGUUGCUGCUGUGCACUGGACAUGUGUUUUUCUUUGCGCCUUACCAGCGAUUAGGCGCCAUAAGGUGUGUUGUGGAAGGGCUCGAGGCCCACUUCUCGCAACUCAUGAAGUCGAUUUCAGUAUGA